UGUUUGCAGCUCCUCACUGCACCUGUGACGUGAUGUGUGUAAGAUUCCAGACAAUGUCAGCCAACGGUUUUGUACCAUCUUGCGACUCCAAGGAAAUGCCAGCCAUUAACAAAUCUACCGAAGGUUGUGAAGAAUAUAACACUGUACCACUCAAUGGAUCCCAAAUUCAGCCGAAUGGAAAAUGUUCGUCCUCUAUAAUAACAAGUAACGCAGGAGACGAUGUGUCCAUACCGUUGGUGGUUGGAGACGAACGUCUCGCUCCAGCCCAGGACCUGUGGAGCACAGCCAGUGACAAAGCCGUCAAACUGAGGAUGGAGACGUCCGGACCGGGCUCGGAACCUUCGAUGACCAUUCAUCAGAUGUUUAAGGCUACGGUGGAGAAGUACGGAGACUUUCCUGCCCUUCGUGAAAAGAGAAAUGGAAUGUGGGUCACCCUGACCUUUAAGGAAUACUAUCAGAAUUCCAGAGCAGCUGCCAAAAGCUUCUUGAAGCUCGGCCUGAAGCGAUUCCAUGGAGUCGGUAUCCUGGGCUUCAAUUCCCCUGAAUGGUUUAUAGCCGACGUUGGAUGCAUCCUGGCAGGGGGACUCGCCACCGGAAUCUACACAACCAACAGUCCAGAAGCAUGCCAGUAUGUCGCUGAAAACUGUGAAGCUAAUGUUCUGGUGGUCGAAAACCACAAACAGCUGAUCAAAAUCCUCCAGAUCAGAGAUCAGCUACCACAUCUGAAGGCCAUCGUUCAGUACAAGGGUGAUCUGGAGCAGAAGUUAGCAGAUGUGUUUACGUGGGCUGAAUUCAUGAAGAUGGGCAAAGACGUCCCGGAUGCAGAACUUGACGCGGUGAUCGACAGUCUGAAAUCUAACCAGUGCUGCACGCUCAUCUACACGUCAGGGACCACAGGCAACCCCAAAGGGGUCAUGCUCAGCCACGACAACAUCACAUGGACGGCCAGUGCGGCGGGUGCCAUGACCCGACAGAGGAUGGGUGGGGAGGCGGUGGUGAGCUAUCUGCCUCUGAGUCACGUGGCGGCCCAGAUGAGUGACAUGUGGAUCUGCAUGAGGUUCGCAGCCACGACCAAUUUUGCCGAGCCGGAUGCCCUUAAGGGCUCUCUAGGUAACACUCUGAAAGAGGUGCGUCCCACGAGUUUCUUGGGAGUUCCUCGAGUCUGGGAAAAAAUGCAAGAAGCGAUGAAAGCCGUCGGUGCCAAGUCAUCCAUGAUGAAGAAGAAGAUCGGCGACUGGGCCAAGGGAGUAGGUCUUACGUCGAGCUACAGUGCCAUGAACGGUGAUUCCUCCGUGCCCUGGGGUUUCACGAUGGCAAAUAACCUGGUUUACAAGAACGUUCGGAAAGCUCUGGGUCUGGACCGCUGUCGGGCCUGCUUCACGGGUGCAGCUCCCAUCACCAAAGACACGCUGGAGUAUUUCAUGAGCCUGUACAUUCCCAUCUUCGAGCUGUACGGCAUGAGCGAGAGCUCGGGACCUCACACCCUCUCCUGGAUUCAGGACUACCGGAUCAUGAGCUGUGGUAAGGUGAUGAUAGGCUGCAAAACCAAACUAGAUAAAGAGGACGCUGACGGGAAUGGAGAGAUCUGUUUCUGGGGCAGACACGUGUUCAUGGGAUACCUCAACAUGCUGGAGAAGACGGAAGAGGCUUUGGAUGCGGAGGGAUGGCUGCACUCGGGAGAUCUCGGCAAACACGACAACAAUGGCUUUCUGUACAUCACGGGCAGGAUUAAAGAAAUAAUCAUCACUGCUGGCGGUGAAAACAUACCACCAGUCCCCACUGAGGACGCUAUAAAGGAGGAAGUGUCAAUCAUCAGCAAUGCCAUGUUAGUUGGGGACAAAAAGAAGUUUUUGUCCAUGCUUCUCACACUUAAGUGUAAUGUUGAUGAGAAUGGCGAGCCCACGGAUGAACUGACCCCGCUGGCUGUGGAAUUCUGCCGGCAGCAUGGCGUCACCGCUAGCAAAGUCUCGGAGAUCAUUAACAAAAAAGAGCCAGCCAUUUACAAAGGCAUCCAGGAGGGCAUGGACCGCGUGAACGCCAGAGCCACAUCCAACGCCCAGAGAGUCCAGAAGUGGACCAUCCUUUCACGAGACUUCUCCGUAUCCGGGGGAGAACUCGGUCCAACCAUGAAGCUGAAGAGGCCUGUCGUCACUAAAAUGUAUCAGGACGAAAUCAACAAAUUCUAUGGAGAAUAACACAAGAGAGACAUUUGAAAGGAACUAAACUAUUAAACUUGUUAAAGAUGACAACACCGGGAUGCCGUCUCUGUAGAUUUCGCUCACUCCAGGGCUUCUGAUAGACUUCAGGACACAAGCCCGCCAAUUCGGCAUCUGCUGCUGAUCACACUGAAUGAUAGAAACUGUGAUUCCAGUAACGCAUACCUUUGUAAUCUCGAUCGAUCAUUAGAAGUACAAUACUUAUAUAUAUGAGAUGAUUUUGCAUAUUACUGUUAAUCUGAGGAAAGCAUUGACUGUUUUCAGGUCUGUACAGGGUUUAUAUUGCUGCUCGCAACACGCAUUAAUACACAGUAUUGUUUGUACUUCAUACUGGAUGCUCCUGUCACCAAACAAAUUCCUUGUAUGUGCAAACAUACUUGGCAAUAAAGCUCUUUCUGGUUCAGGUACAGUUUAACCGUACAGAACGAUAUUUGUCUCGCCAAGUUUCAUCACUUAUGAUUGGAGCUUGUCAGCCGGAAUAUAUAAAUGAAUAAAAUGUAUAUUUGGAUAUAUUUAAAACAGAAUGAUCUGCUUUUGAUUGUCAAUUUUUUGUCUGUUUAUUGUUAUGCAGAAAGAAGGUAAAUAAUGCGAGCAGGUGCAGGAAACCUCUUGCUUUCUGCCUGUGGGUUCCCACAAAACAAACCAUGGCACUUAAAGCGCAUUACAUGCAAUUAUCCGCCCCAUCAUUGUUGUUUAUAUUGUCUUUCUGAACCCGUUUUGAAGUAACACGAGCAGGUUUCGGCAAGAAACAUCAUCCCUCCAUAAAAGGGUGUUUUGUAGACCGUUCCAUUGAGAAUAACCUGCUGUGUUUGGCGUUCUCCUUUCAUAAUAAUUGAAACUGUCUGAUGUAACGUGAAACUGCAAAUGCCACUGUUGUACUGUUCAAUUAUUGAGAGUAACACAGACGUACAGUCGUUCAGAUACAGUACAUACAAUAGAGGCCAAAAGUGAUGUCCGCCCAAGGACAAUUGACGUCGUCGCCCUUUAUUUAGAUAGAUUAUUAUAGAUUUUGUAUGCGUGUUGUGUAGUUGUGCUUGAAGUGUCAUUUGAAGGUUGCGUAAGAAUGAAGAAGGUUUGGCAAAAAAACAACACAUGAGCAAAGCUUACUGACACGAGACUUAUGUAUAGUCAAAAACAAGACAAAAUAUUAAAAUCUGGUAAAACUAGUCAGCUUUUUCGUGUUUCUAUGCAAUUUUUUGCAAAAAAGAAUAGAAUGAAACAUUCCUUGAUGGACCUUGAAACAUUCCAAAUAAUUGUGUUAAAUAAAUACUUUAACCAGGUUUAGUGUUUUCUAUAUUUUGUACAAUUGUAGGGCCACACUGUAAAAAAAAUCCUGUAAAAAAGCGGUAAUUUUCCGUCAGUUGUUUUUCAUGUUUUAAAAAAUUGCAGUCUUCUUCUGUUCUGUAAUUUGAAGUUUAUUACCGUAUUUCAAAAAUCUGUAAAAAAUCAAUAAAAUGGCGUGUUCUCACUUGGCGUUUUUAGGACAAGUAAAUGUUUCCGAGCGCUUUUUUUGUAAAAAAAAAAAAAGCUGGCAGCAUUAUGGUUACAAAUUUCUCGCUAGAAAUGCAAUCAAAAGUUAUUGAACGUGAAAAUUAAACAUUUACAGUAUACUAUGCUCCAACCAGCGUUUCGCCUGUCGUUUUAUUUUUUCGAGCUCGAUCCUGGUCGACCAAUCACCUUCCUUGCA